AUGGCGGACCCAGAGCUAAUGCAGUCACUGACGCAGAUGCUAGCGGAUGCCUUGAAAUCCUCCUUUGCGCAUUUGGCGCACCCGAGUCCCGUCCAAGCCGCGACUGCGCCAACCACCAAAACACCAUCGUUUUCUGUCUCGGAGUAUCGAUCCUCGGACACCACUUCGGUAGCGGACUACUUCAACCGCUUUGAGUGGGCUCUUCAAUUGAGUAAUAUCCCGGAAGCACAAUACGCUCAUUAUGCUCGAGUGCAUAUGGGUGCGGAACUGAACAAUGCCGUCAAGUUCCUUGUGAGUCCAAAUAACCCGGCAGAUGUCCCGUAUGAUGAGCUCCGAAAGACGUUAGUCGACCACUUUGACCAAGCUAAGGAUAAGUACGUAGAAAGCAUCAAAUUCCGGGAAAUCGUACAGCAAAGAGGCGAGUCGAUUUCCAGCUUCGUUCUACGACUCAAACAAGGUGCUGCUAAUUGCGAGUAUGGCGAAUUUCUCGAUAGGAUGCUCAUCGAACAGCUGUUGCACGGUCUAGAAUCGCGAGAAAUGUGUGACGAGAUUAUUGCCAAGAAACCAGUGACGUUCAAAGACGCUUUUGGAGUUGCACAUACCCUUGAAGCUACUCGCAACACAACCAAAGAAGUGCAAAUAGCCAGAUCAUUGUUGACACCAGAAGCAACCAACAAACUUGGCUACGAGCGGCCAAAGACACGGAGAGUACAUCCUAGCAGCUCAUCCUCGUCGUAUCUACAAAUGUCACACAAACCGAAUUACAACGAAAAAACAUCAUUCGACCAGAGUGUGUGUGGUGGAUGUGGCGGUAACCAUCCACGCAACAAGUGUAAGUUCCAGAGUGCGACGUGCUUCAACUGUGGGAAGACAGGCCAUAUCUCUAAAGUCUGCAGAGCACCAAAGCGGAAUUUCCACGAUCAAUCCACCUCACAGGUACAAUCGGAGGAACCUGCCAUGCAAGUAGACGUCGUGCAGUCUCUGGACAAAAUUCAUUCCAUCGCCACGUCUGGAAAGCGAGUCAUUAACGUCAUCAUCGACGGACGGAUGCUAGAAAUGGAAGUGGAUACCGGAGCUCCUUGCGGAAUCAUCAGUGAAGCGAAACUACGGACGCUCAAACCCUCCUUUACAUUGUUACGGACAGAUCGUCAGUUCUCCAGUUACACUGGUCACCGUAUUCAGUGUUUGGGUCGACUACCAGUAAACGUCAGCAUCGGGAAAACGACACGAAAGCUGGAUUUGUACGUCGUGUCCGGUGACUAUGAUACGCUGUGUGGAAGAGAGUGGAUUGCCAAAUUUUCGGGUGAACUGGACCUGAAUGAGCUAUUCGCCCAAAACGACGCGGUGCAUUCACUUGUACCUACCGCUCCUGUGUUACUGAAAAAACAACAACAAGCUCUAUCGCAGUUGCUCGCAACUUAUGAAGAUGUCUUCAGCGAAACUCCCGGUAAGCUAAUAGGACCUUCCGCAUCAGUGCAUCUGAAACCGGGGACAGUUCCAGUCUUUGCCAAAGCUCGUGACGUUCCGCUGGCAUUGAGAAGCCAGUAUGCCCAAGAAAUCGACAAAAAGCUAGCUGCUGGUGUAUACGAGAGAGUCGACUAUUCUGAAUGGGCGUCCCCCACCCACAUCGUAGUGAAGAAAAACGGGAAACUACGCAUCACCGGUAACUACAAGCCAACAGUAAACCCUCGGAUGAUCAUCGACGAACACCCGAUUCCCAAGAUAGAAUCAAUCUUCCACCGAAUGAAGGGAGCGAAUCUAUUCUGUCAUCUAGACGUGACGGAUGCGUACACUCAUCUAACCAUCGACGCGGAGUUUCGACAUAUCCUCACACUGAACACACCAACACAUGGGUUGGUCCGUCCGACACGAGCAGUAUACGGAGCAGCGAACAUCCCAGCGAUCUGGCAACGUCGCAUGGAAGCUGUGCUUCAAGGUUUGUCCAAUGUGAUUAAUUUCUUUGACGACGUUAUAGUCUUUGCAGACAACUUCGAGAACCUGCUAAUUGCACUCACAGCAGUUUUCGACAGAAUGAGGCACCACGGUUUACGCUUGAACCGAUCUAAAUGUGUGUUCGGCACCCCAGUCCUUGAGUGUCUGGGUCACAAAAUCGACAUAAACGGUUUACACAAAUCGGACCAACACAUCGAAGCCAUUCGCAAUGCACCCCGCCCGACCAACGCAGAUGAGCUACAGCUGUUUUUGGGAAAAGCCACAUAUUACAACGCUUUCAUUCCCAAUCUCUCCACCCGAUCUCGUUGUUUGCGAGACAUGCUGCAAGAGGAAUCAUUCGUGUGGGAGUCAGAGCGAAUUGCCGCUUACGAAGACAUCAAAACAGCGCUCAUCUCACCGCAGGUCCUAAUGCAAUAUGAUCCGGACCUUCCCUUGAUAUUGGCCACGGACGCCAGUAAAACUGGUUUAGGCGCAGUUCUCUCCCACCGACUGGGAAGUGGCCUGGAACGACCGAUCGCUUACGCAAGCUGUGCUAUGUCUCACACUGAACAGCGCUACCCACAGAUAGAUAAAGAGGCUCUAGCCAUCGUAUGGGCAGUCAAAAAGUUUUUCAAUUACCUAUACGCUCGCAGAUUUACAUUGGUCACCGAUAACAAACCACUGAGUCAAAUUCUACAUCCGACGAAGUCGCUUCCAAUUAUGUGUAUAAGCAGAAUGGCCAAUUAUGCGGACUAUUUGGCGCACUUCAAUUUUGAUGUUGUGUUCAAAUCUACGAAACAGAACGUUAAUGCAGAUUACUGCUCUCGAAUACCUCAACUACUUCCAAGAUGCGAGGUUAACAAAAUGUUUUGCUGUGAGGCUAGAGAUAUUGGCGAAGACGAACUCGAUGUUUUUGCUAUUCAUCAGGUCGAACAACUACCAAUUCGCGCCGAGCACAUCGCUCGUGAAACGCGCAAGGAUCCUAGCCUUGGUAAGAUCGUACAGCUGUUGGAAGCCGGCACCGAUCUAACCCGAUCUGGCUACAAAUCACCAGAGUCGAAGUACACACUUGCAGCUAACUGUCUUUUGUUUGAGCACCGAGUAGUUGUACCGUCUGUUCUACGUUCGACAGUGUUAAACGAUCUUCACGUCGCACACAUUGGUAUGGUUAAAAUGAAAGGAAUCGCUCGUUCUUUUGUUUACUGGCCGGGUAUCGAUGUGGACAUAGAAACAACAGUGAAAUCUUGUUUCGUGUGUGCCCGACAAGCGCACGCUCCUCCGAAGUUCAGCGAACACCAUUGGCAAUAUCCCAAAGGCGCAUGGGAACGGAUUCAUAUCGACUACGCUGGUCCGGUGGCAGGCUCAAUGCUGCUGAUUGUAGUCGACGCCUACAGUAAGUGGUUGGAGGUCAAGGUCACCACCUCUACCACUGCAGAAACAACUAUUGGAAUUAUGGACGAGCUGUUUUCCCGAUACGGAGCACCAAUCACAGUUGUAUCUGAUAACGGUCCUCAAUUUACGGCCGGCGAAUUCAAGCUGUUUUUGCAAAAAAGUGGAGUGAAGUUUCAUAAGCUGUCGGCCCCGUACCAUCCAGCAACAAAUGGUCAGGCCGAACGAUAUGUUCAAACGACGAAAGAUGCACUCAAGGCCAUGGGAACAACUGCAUCUAAUUUGCAAUCGAACCUGAAUAACUUCCUGCAGCAGUAUCGUUUGGCUCCACACGCAACCACCGGAGAAUCGCCUGCCAAGUUGUUUCUUGGUCGAACCCUCCGCACACGAUUAGAUCUUCUGAAGCCAGACGGCGUUCACCAGAAAGUUACGAUAAAACAACAAGCCAAUUUCGAGCGUACUUUUCGGCAAUUCUGUGUGGGUCAAUCAGUUUACUUUCUGUCUGGAAACUCUCGAAUGGACAAAUGGAUCCGUGGUGUAAUUGGGGAACGAAUAGGUGAUCUGCACUACGAAAUCGACUAUGCUGGGAAACGGUAUAAGCGUCACAUCGAUCAAAUUCGUUCGAGGCUCGAUGUAAACGGGCGACUAAUGGAUGAAGCACCAGGAGCUAAGGAGAUUAGCCAGCAAGACACGCCACGAGCAACGGUUGUGUUUUUCGACGAUGAUAGUACAGGUUCGAGAGAUCCAUCAACUCCUGUAAUUGCGAAAAAUUCAAGAAGUGUUCUAGCCGAACCAUCUUCUCCAGAAUUCCACACACCAACCGGUGGCCCGGUUCAUCAAGAGGCAAAUUCACCUCCUUUCACCUUACGUCGUUCGACAAGAUCUCGCCGCCCUCCCGUGAAGUACACACCGUAG